AGACAACAGAUGACGUCACUCCAAGACAGAUGAGGAAAGUGUUCGGUCGCUUGUGUAACUUACCUAGUUUUAAUUAUGAUUUUACUAUCGAUAACAUCCGAAAAUUACAGAGUGAAGAGAUGAACAAAUGCGCUCUCUUCAUAGUAUUCCUCUGUGGAGUGAUUUUUGCGUCAUUAGUGUCCGUGAUGUCCAGUUAUUGGGCAUCUUACACAGCUGGUGAUGAUACACUGCUGGGUUCUUCACUGGGUGCUAUCCCAGCUGGGGCUGACCUGGAGCUAAUGGACGAGGGCUACGUAGCCAUGGCACUGCUGGGGGCACACGAAGUGGAUCAGUCUGUUACAAAAAAGCAGACAACGGAGCUAGAGGAUAGACAUGCAGAAAUUGAAGCACUGAAUACACUGAAAGCUGCAAAGGAGUUGGUUCAUUCAGGAAAAUGUGCACGGGCUGGACGAUUACUAGAACAUGCAUUUACAUUAGCUCCACGUCACCCAGAUGUCCUCAUACAUUAUGGGGAAUAUCUUGAACAGCACCGUAAUGAUGUUGUUCAAGCAGACAGGAUGUAUUUACGAGCUUUGGCCGUAUCUCCUGUUCAUUCUCGGGCUUUAAGAAACCGUAGACGAACUCGGCCACUUGUUGAAGAAAUGGAUUCAAUGACAUUAAACCGCAUUGAUAACAAAAGAGAUGAUCUUGCUCAAAUCCCCAGUUCAUCUGCUGCUCUCCGCCGGAUUAAAAAGGAGGCAUAUUUCCAGUACAUUUACCACACUGCAGGGAUCGAAGGAAAUACCAUGAGUCUUGCUCAAACUCGGAUGAUCUUGGAGACCAGACUAAGUGUGGGAGGGAAGAGUGUGAUGGAGCACAAUGAGAUCUUGGGUCUAGACCUGGCCCUCAAGUAUAUUAAUACGACUCUCGUUCAUAGAGUUGGUCGUAUAUCUCUCUAUGACGUCCUGGAGAUUCACAUGAGAGUCCUCGGCCAUGUUGACCCAUUAGAAGCUGGGAAGUUGCGCAGUACUCAGGUGUAUGUGAGUGAUCAUGUACCGCCACCACCAACUCACCUUCAAGUGCUCAUGGAGGAUUUUGUAGAAUGGCUGAACUCUCCAGAAGCACAAACUCUUCACCCUAUUAAGUAUGCAGCUCUUGCCCAUUAUAAAAUGGUUUUUAUACAUCCAUUUUCUGAUGGUAAUGGAAGGACAGCGAGGCUUCUGAUGAACUUUCUGUUGAUGCAGGCUGGGUAUCCUCCAGUGAUCAUCCGUAAACAAGAUCGCCUUAUGUAUUAUGAUUGUUUACAAACUGCCAAUGAGGGAGAUACUCGACCUUUUGUGAGAUUUAUUGCCCACUGCACCGAGAAAACUCUGGAUGUGUACUUAUGGGCCACGAAGGAAGCAUUACCCAAAAUAGGACAAGACUUAAAUUCAAAGUCCGAAAAAGAAAAGAAGCAUUCCACACUAAAACGGAAAGAGUCUGAUUCAUCAUCCAUAAAGCAUGGGAGGAAGCUUGCAGAUUAUAGUGAUAUUGAAAGUGAAAGUAAAGAAGGAUCAGGGAAGAAGUUUUUGUUUACUUCAGUUGAUGACAUUCCAUUGUGGCAGGCAGAUGAUAUACAAUCAGAAGAUGAAGAUUCAUUUGAAAAGAAUAGGAAUUAUAUACCUCCAAUUGUUGAAGAUGACAUACUGAGUGAUGGUGAGGUUGUUAAUUCUGUGCAUGAUUAUGAAUCUGAACAUGACUACAGAGAACACCUGUGGUUUGCUGGUGAUGAAGAAAAAGUUAGAGGAACUGGUAGAUAUAGUAGAGUGGUUAUUGAGGAGGGAAUAUAUGAUGAUGCAGAGAUUUUAGAACAGUUAAGAACUGAAGAAACAGAACAAAAUAAAUUCAGAUUUGAAGAUGAUGACACUUUACCACGUAGUGAAUAAGACAACAGAAUUGUGAUAGUCUUGAGAAAUUGGGUGUUAUUUAUUUCCAUCCUUUAUAUCAAAUUUAUACUGAAUAAAAUCAGUAUAGUACGUACCUAUUUAUUUCAUAAUGAAUAUAUUUAAAUGGAAAGUUUCUAAAGAAUAUAUUAUGUCUAUUUA